AUGGGGAAUAACUCUUUAGAGUACUACUACGAUGAGGACACGUCCAAUCAGUGGCAGCGGAAGAAGCAAAGCAAGAGCCAGGCCAAGGAGAACAAGAAGGCCAAGCUGGAUCCAGAGGCCACCAGAGAUGUGAGUGCAAAGGAAGAGAAGGACAGACACGCGCUUGAGGCGAAGCCGGUGAUAAUACCGGGCAAGAAGCAGGAGUCCGCGCCGGUGGAGGAGCCUGCGGCUGUGGAGGCUCAGGAGCCUGAAAGCACAGCCACCGACACAGAACUGAAACUUGACGACGCUACGAUAGUAUUUGACGACGACGGCGACGGCGAGGGCGACACCGCACCGCCACCCCCACGUAAGUCCAAGCAGCAGCUUACGCCGGAGAAGAAGAAGGAGAAAGCCGAGAACCUGGCUAGGCUGCGGGCGAAACUGGCGGAGAAAAUCAACACACUGAAGGAGAAGCGCAAGGCGCCAGGCACCAAGUUCGCCACGGUGACGUCUCGACAGCAGAUAUUGGAGGAGAGACGCAAGAAAGAGGCUCUCAGAAGACAGCAGAAAAAGACCAAGGAAGAAAAAGACGACGACGACGACAAGUCGAGUAGCGAGGACGAGGACAUGGAGGACAAGGACGACAGGGAAGACGUGGUGAUGUACAAUAAUAUCGAGUUUAACCAGGGCGAGAGAGCCACGUCUGAUUUGAGCGGGGUGCGCAAGGUGGGGCGUCGGAAGGGCCCAUCGAACAACGACGUGAAGUCGCACCUGAAGAAGGCGGAGCAGGAGAAGGCGAAGCUGGCAGCCAUGGACAAGGAGCAGGCGCAGGCUGUGGAAGAGAAGCACAGGUGGAACAAGGCGCUUGCCGGCGCGCAGGGGAUCAAAGUGAAGGACGACGUGAAGCUCUUGAAAAAGGCCCUCAAGCGCAAGGAGGCCAAGAAGAGAAAGAGUGAGCGCGAGUGGGCGGAGCGGAAGCAGUUCGUCGCAGACCAGAUCAAGGCCAAGCAGGACAGAAGGGAGGAGAACCUGCGGAUCCGCCGCGAAAACAAGGGCAAGAGCCGCAAGCACCAGACCAAACAGCUGCGCUCGUUCAAAGGCGCCACGCGGGUCCCUAAAAGAGCCGGCUUCGAGGGCAAAAUAAAGAGAAAGAGCUGA